AGAAGAGUUUGUUUACAGUAAUCCUUCGUACAGCAGCGUCAUGUUUGUAGGCGAUGGUCGUGUUGCACAGCAGUGUGUACCGUGGUCCUGUCCUCGUCAUGCUGUCUCUCCUGUUCUCGCGUGUUUUCUGUCAGGUUGUUACUGAAGUCAACCGAAGGUCUUACCCGACUGUAGCUUCGUUUGUCCGGACCUACACGACCUCCAGCCCAACAUGCGGAGGAACAUGCGAUGACGAAUUAUCAGUGGUGACCCCCUCACAGUUGAAGGUCAUGCUGUCAAACCAUAAAGUUCAACUCUUUGAUGUGAGGAAUCCGGAUGAAUACCAGGAUGGCCACAUUCCUCAAGCAGUCAACCUCCCACUGAAUAUUGUGGAAGAGUCUCUUAAGCUGCCCCCAAAGACCUUUCAGCAGACGUUUGAAGUGAAGGCUCCUGGAAAAGACGACGAUAACAUAGUGUUCAACUGCAGAACCGGCGUCAGAAGUGGUAAAGCUCUGGGCAUUGCCCGUCAGCUGGGAUUUCACAGGGCAAGACAUCUGCAAGGAGGGUAUGCUGCGUGGGUCGAGCAAGAAGGAAAUUGAAUCCACGCCUCAAUUUACUUUGUGUCAGAUUAACUUUUUACAUAAACAAAAUACUGAAGCCACACUACAGAAUGUAAACAUUUGUUUACUUUGGCAGCUUGCAGUAUUUUAGUUGUUAUAAGUUACAGCCUCUGUUAAAGUUACUAAUUUUAAUGAACUUGGGUAAAUACCACAAGUGUCCUUUUCUCUAAAUAAAGACCUAGAACAUAUGCACUUUAUUAAAAUGUUUCAUGUUAAUAAAAUGUUGCUUUAAGUUACCUCUUACUGGACCUUUUGCUCUGAAGCAACCUUUUCAGGUGUGUACCGUCAACUUGUUCUGUUUUAGCUGUUCAGAGCUGUAUAGUGCUCGGAGGUUUUUGAAUGACCUGCAUCACCUUGAAAAAGUAUUUGUCACCUUAAGCUUUUUCACAAUAAAACCCCAAAUUUUAUAAUUAUGCA